AUCCGACAAGUGGUUGGUUCGUUUGUCGAAAGCGAUUAAACACUAUUUUUAAAUUAUUUUCUUCCAAAUUUGUCCUUUUCGGUGAUAAGAUAAAUUACCACCAACCAAACUGCACAACCUGAACGAAUUUAUCACACGCAUGUUGAUCUUGCAAAGCCGAGAAAAUAAACAAUCUUCCAGCACGGGGUCUGAUGGUCCCACCUUUUUCAGACAGUCGAUCGCUGUGCAUCGCGAUUAUCGGCGAAUGUGUACACAACUUCUGCCCGUCGCAAACAGUUCUCGUUGGUUUUUCUGUUGCCCUAGAAGUUCUCGCUUCAGCUUGAGCAGAAUUCCUCCUACACCGAAAACGCGUGCGUGUAGUUCACAAUCACGGGAUGACCGACUGGCACCUCCGUCUCGCUGUUGUUAUUGUUGUCCAGCAUCUGCUUGAGCUAUAGAGAGUGUGUGUGAGCGCGAUAGAGAUGUCGUCCACCUCCUCGACAGGAUUGCAGCAUCAGCCAUCACCAAGAUCACCGAUCGUGGCCGUCGCCGUUGCAGCUGCUUCCGCGAUCGGAUCCGCAUCGGUCGGCGGUGGUGGUGGCACGAGUGUCGUCGGUUGGACUAAUAAACGGAGCGCCAUUCACCAUCUCACCACCAGCCAGGACGUUAUCAAUCAGGGCAAAUGUCUGUGCGGUGAGUACAUACGCGCACGGCUAAAACGGUCCGGGCUGCUCAACCGGAAGAUCCUGCAGCGGUUGCGCAACUCGAUGGAGCACUGUUCGGCCGUGGGUGGUGGCGUGGUCGUACGGGAAGCACUGCCCAUACUGAACGGGAUGGGCGAGGAGCUGGAACGGAUGCAUCCCCGGUUGUACACGAACGUGAGCCGACAGAUCUCGAACGAACCGUGGGGCGAGCUAACCGAACCGGAUACGGUCGGCUAUCUGCUGCACGUCGUCGCGAAGGAUCUGUUCAAGAGCGGCAUUACGUGGGGCAAGGUGAUCUCAUUGUUUGCCAUCGCCGGCGGACUAGCGGUCGACUGCGUACGGCAGGAUCAUGCCGACUAUAUGCAGCAGCUGAUCGAGGGCACGGCGGACGUGAUCGAGGAGGAUCUGAGCGGGUGGUUGGUGGAACGGGGCGGAUGGCUCGGUUUGCAGGAUCACGUACAUCCACCCCAGCCGGAAAUUUCCGUCACCGGCUGGUUAAGCCUUACCGCGGUGACGCUCGUCGUGAUCUACUUCGUCUCACUGUUCCUACGGAUGAUCGGUAGCAGCUACAUCGAACCGAACCGAUCCGCCACCAACUAGACAGCUUCAUUCCGGUACGCUUUAAUGUGUUUCUUCGAGACAGAACAAAUGCUAACAUUCUAUCGCUACUACUACUAUCAUUCCGCUGACAAUGUUCUGUCCUUCCCCUGGCCGGGACUCACCCACUCUGUGAAAUCUCUCUCGAAUCUUCUGAACCGCCAAAUAACAUUAGCGCAAAUCACCAUACAAUAGCUAACGCGAGGAAAGGAAGCACGACAAGACAGGAUAGCUGCCAAACAAAGGCCAAACGGGAAUCGGGGGAGAUAAAAGAGACAAAAGUGUGUGCGUGCAAAUAUGUUAAAGUUUGUUUAGUUUUAGUUAUGUUUAGUUCUUUUUUUAUGUAUGUACGCAACGGUUUCCUAUUUAAUUCCCUUUUUUUAAUUGUGGUUUCCUUCCCUACCAAGUAAAUUGUUUUGUUGUCGUCUGAGCUUGUGAGUGGCAUCUUCCAUUUGUACAACCUAUAGCCUAUAUAGUCACACACACGUAUGUACGUACGUAGGGCGCAAAAUGCAAUAAAUAUAUAAACAGCUACAUCGGUUUACUGCUGAAACGUUAAACGUGAAGGCAGUGAUUGU